UGCGCUUGAAGGCGCGAGUUGUUAUAUAACGACCGCGGAACAUGUGUAUUGAAGUCACAUGCAUUCAAACGUAAACGUUGGCUCCCGGCUUACACACUAAGUGGUUUUGCAUUUCAAAUUAGAUUGCCGACAACUUCAAGGCUCAGAACAGAUCCGGAGGCAGAAUAAUAAAGACAAGCAAAUGUAGCUAGCGAAAAACUGGAAGACAACGACAAAAUGGAAGCGGACGACUGCAUUGAAAGCAUGGACGAUAAACACGGGCCGAAGAUAUCCGAAAGUAAACGAGUUAAUCGGAAUAUGAAUGAAAAGAAACGGCGGGAUAGAUUCAACGUACUUAUCGGAGAACUGGCGUCUAUCAUUUCGCCAUCCUCGCGCAAGGUUGAUAAGUCCACAGUACUGAAGAAAGCGAUUGCUUGCCUGAAAAGCCAGAAGGACUUGUCGCCCGCGAGCUGUUCAAAGCCAAGGGAAGGUUGGCAGCCACCGUUUGUGAGUGAUCCUGAGCUGUGCCAACUAAUCAUCGAAGCAAUGGAUGGUUUUAUUAUGAGUAUCGACAGUUCAGGGUCUAUUAGUUUUGUCUCUGAUAACAUUACAUCUCAGUUAGGCUAUUUGCCAGAGAAAAUUAUAAACACUCGAUUGAGCGAGUACUUAGAGUCUAGGGAUUGCGAGGCGAUGGAUGUCCGACUGCAGAGAUUAUACGAACACGAACUUGUGAUGUAUCGGCUCCCCGAGUCUAGCGCCACAGCCACCCCACUGAGUGACCUCUUUGAUUUCAGCUUGUGCAUGUGUUAUGGUCCUCUCGUGGACUCUACUGGGUUCGCCGCGAUGCGGUGUAUAGCGCAGGCGUAUGUCAUGCAAGGCGUAAGUCACGAUAUGAAAACAAAACCUGAAAUAACCCGGAAGCUGAAUUUGGUCACACUGUGUUGCCUAGAGACUGAGCGUCCAACUAAGUUAGUGUCUUCCCCAAGCUUAAAAAAAAUGGAAUUCACCGCACGUUUAACUUUGAACUGGAAAUUCACUCAUUUAGACCAGCGUGGACUGUCUGUGAUAGGUUACAUGUCAAAUGAGCUGGUUGGUUCCUCGCUGUAUCAGAACAUCCAUCCGAAUGACUUAGAGAAUAUUACACGCUAUCACAAGAUAUUAGUUUAUAAAGGUCGGGUGAAUACUUGUUAUUACCGAUUUCUGACCAAGGGGCAAGCCUAUCUCUGGAUAAGGAGCUGUUGUUACAUCUCAUAUAAUCAAUGGAACUCCAGACCUGAGUUCAUUAUUGCCACCUCCACGACGGCCAGCCAAGCAGAAGUUACUGCUAACCAAGCCAGAACUUUACAACAAGACCUGCAGAGCUUUGAGAAUCUAGAACAGAAGCAACUUAUUUCUAAAACUUCUGGAGUCAGUAGUCCUUCUGGCCCAACAGAUAUGCCCUCAAGGUCCUCUGGGGAAAGCACAUUUAGUGAUUUGCCCAUGUCAGAUGCUGUAUCAGUAGGGAGUGAACCCCAAAACUCAAAACCACUUAGUCCAGGGAGCAUUAUAUCAGAGCCAAGCUCGAUCGGAGAACUUGUUAAGUCCCCUGCCUUAGGAAGUGGUAAUGCAUUUAAAGCUAGUAGGCUAAUGUCAUCUGGGGCCUCUGUAUCCCAAGUCUUGGAUUCCUUGUUGCCAAGUGAUGUUUCUGAUGCUGGUUUUGGGUCAGAUGAGGAUCUUCCAAAAGAAAAACCUGUGUCAAAGGCAGAGUCACCAUGGAACCUCCCCUUGCCAAAAGGGCUCUCACCGACACAGUACAAACUACAUGAACAGCUCAAGGAUAAGCAUGUUUUACUAGAGGAGUCCAUAAAACGCCAAAUUCAUGAGCUCAAUAAGAUAAAGAAGCAAAUCGAGGUAAAUAAGGACUUAUGGGAGUUCAAUGUGCAGAUUCAGAAGCUCAGGGGGCCUGGAUCGAAUCUGGAGAUGGAAGAUAAGAAUGGCUCAAGAAACCCUGAUAACGAAAACCUUCACUCUGAUCUCAGUAACCUGAAUCUACUCCAAGGAGACAAGCAGCUAAGGCACUUAAUGACUGAUCUCACAGAUGAUUUCUCCAAUAAUGGACAGAUGUCACUUGGAAAGGACUUUCUCUCUAUGCCUACCCCAAACCCUGCUUACAUCGAUGAUGAGUUGGAAGACAUGAUUGUCUGCAGUAGUCAGUCCUUGACUGAUGACUCAGGGGUGUUAUUCCAAUUUCCAUUCAGUUCAUCCAGAAAUUAAGCAUCUUUCAAAACUACUCUUGCUUAUUGCAGGGUUCUACUUGCAUUUUUAGCCUUAUCCGAGAUUCUAUUUAUUAAUUUUACAGUAUUUCAUUAAUAAAAUUUCUUAAAAAAAUGAACUGAAUUUCACAAGAAAUAAACUAGUUAUUAGCAUAUAAGUAAUGGAACAAUAGAUGCUCACAAAUGUUGGGCUUUUAAGUUUUCUUUAUUAAAAACUUCCUUGCCCAAGUUUAGGCAAUGUUAGGCUUAGCCCUACAUGCUCUUAUGCAAAAAUAGAGAAAAUGGAGGUGGAAUAUUUCCUACAAAUGAAUCCAAAUCUCACAAAUGUUUUGCCAUGUGACUCUAAGGCACACGGCAGAGUGAGUAAUUUACAUAUAUAAAGGUUAGUAACUGCUAGCGAAGUAAAGCAUUCAUAAAACUUUUAAAAAA